AAGAAACUGUUUGUGUAUUUGUGGCAGCGAUAGGCGAAAAAAUCGUACUUUCGGGGAAUUGCAGCCCCGCCUUGAUAAAUUGCAUUUAAUUCGGGCCUCCGGAGGCAUGGUAAAGAGCACAGCAUGACGGAGAAGAUUACGCUAGCGGACGCGCUGUCCAAUGUGGAGGUGCUGGACGAGCUGUCGCUGCCGGAUGAGCAGCCGUGCAUUGAGGCCCAGCCCUGUUCCAUUAUCUACAAGGCAAACUUCGACACAAACUUCGAGGACCGCAAUGGAUUUGUCACCGGAAUCGCCAAGUACAUUGAGGAGGCAACCACUCACGCGAAUUUGAAUGUGCUGCUGGACGAGGGGCAGAAGCAUGCAGUUAUGCUGUACACCUGGCGCUGCUGCUCACGCGCCAUACCGCAGCCCAAGUCCAACGAGCAGCCGAAUCGAGUGGAGAUCUACGAGAAGACGGUGGAGGUCCUGGCCCCGGAGGUGAACAAGCUGCUGAACUUCAUGUACUUCCAGCGCAAGGCCAUUGAGGCCUUCUCGGGCGAGGUGAAGCGUCUGUGUCACGCCGAGAAGCGCAAGGAUUUCGUGUCCGAGGCGUACUUGCUGACGCUGGGCAAGUUCAUCAACAUGUUUGCCGUCCUGGACGAGCUGAAGAACAUGAAGUCGAGUGUGAAGAACGACUACUCCACGUAUCGGCGCGCGGCCCAGUUCCUUAAGGUGAUGUCCGACUCGCACACCUUGCAGGAGUCCCAGAAUCUCUCCAUGUUCCUGGCCACACAGAACAAAAUUCGCGACACGGUCAAGGACACGCUGGAGAAGAUCGUUGGCUACGAAGAUCUGCUCUCGGACGUGGUCAACAUUUGCGUACACAUGUUUGAGACCAAAAUGUACUUGACACCGGAGGAGAAGCAUAUGCUGGUCAAGGUGAUGGGCUUCGGCCUGUUCCUUAUGGACAGCGAUGCCUGCAACAUCAAUAAGCUGGACCAGAAGAAGAAGAUCCGCUUGGACCGCAUUGACCGCAUCUUUAAGAACCUGGAGGUGGUGCCGCUCUUCGGCGACAUGCAGAUCGCCCCCUUCAACUACAUCAAGCGUAGCAAGCACUUCGACUCCAGCAAGUGGCCGCUCUCCAGCUCGAAUGCCAUCAGCCCCCAGGCGGAUUUGAUGGUACAUCUGCCCCAGAUACGCGAGGACCACGUUAAGUAUAUAUCGGAACUGGCCCGAUACACAAACGAGGUAACCACCACCGUCAAGGAGAAUCCCUCUGACGCCGAGAACCGGAUCACCUCAGACCUCGCCCUGCGUGGCCUCCAACUGCUAUCGGAGUGGACCAGCGUCGUCACGGAGCUGUACUCCUGGAAGCUGCUCCACCCCACCGACCACCACCAGAACAAGGAGUGUCCCGUGGAGGCCGAGGAAUAUGAGCGGGCCACCCGCUACAAUUAUACCUCGGAGGAGAAGUUCGCCCUUAUCGAGGUGAUCGCCAUGAUCAAGGGCCUGCAGGUGCUGAUGGCGCGCAUUGAAACCGUUCUGUGCGAGGCCAUCCGGCGCAACAUCUACUCGGAGCUGCAGGACUUUGUGCAACUUUCGCUGCGUGAACCGCUACGAAAGGCGGUGAAGAACAAGAAGGAUUUGAUCCGGAGCAUCAUAAUGUCGGUGCGAGAGACUUCGGCCGACUGGCAGAAGGGCUACGAGCCCAUCGACGACCCAGUGUCCAAGGGUAAAAAGGAUCCCGACGGCGGCUUCCGCAUACAGGUUCCCCGCCUCAACGUGGGCCCCUCAUCUACGCAGCUGUACAUGGUGCGCACGAUGUUGGAGUCGCUGAUUGCCGACAAGAGCGGCGGCAAGCGCACGUUGCGCAAGGACAUCGAUGGCAAUUGCUUGAUGCAGAUCGACACGUUCCACAAGACCUCCUUCUACUGGAGCUACUUGCUCAACUUCAGCGACACGCUGCAGAAGUGCUGCGAUCUCUCCCAGCUAUGGUACCGUGAAUUUUACUUGGAAAUGACAAUGGGUCGCAAGGUUAACAAGUGCCUGGUGCGGCACCAGCACAACGAGGAAUGCAAGGAUCUUAUCACUAUGGAGAAGCGCAUUCAGUUCCCCAUAGAGAUGUCUAUGCCCUGGAUCCUCACCGAUCACAUUCUGCAGACAAAGGAGCCCUCGAUGAUGGAAUUUGUUUUGUAUCCUUUGGAUCUGUACAACGACUCGGCGCAUUAUGCCCUCACCGUCUUCCGCAAGCAGUUCCUCUAUGAUGAAGUGGAGGCCGAGGUCAAUCUGUGCUUCGACCAGUUUGUCUACAAGCUGAGCGAACAGAUCUUUGCCCAUUACAAGCAGUUGGCGGGUAGCAUUUUCCUCGACAAGCGAUUCCGGUUGGAGUGCGAAGUGCUCGGCUUCAACUUUCAGUCAUAUCCCCGAAACAAUCGCUAUGAGACCCUGUUAAAGCAGCGACAUGUACAGCUGUUGGGUCGUUCCAUUGACUUAAACAAACUGGUAACCCAGCGCAUAAACGCCAACAUGCACAAGAGUAUUGAGCUGGCCAUCAGCCGCUUCGAGGGCAACGAUAUAACUGGCAUUGUGGAACUGGAGGGACUGUUGGAGGCCAAUCGCAUUUGCCACAAGUUACUAAGCAAAUACUUGGCCUUGGACAACUUUGAUGGCAUGGUCAAGGAGGCUAAUCACAAUGUUUUGGCACCGUACGGCCGCAUUACACUGCACGUCUUUGUGGAGCUAAACUAUGACUUUUUGGUAAAUUAUUGCUACAAUGCAGCCACAAAUCGCUUUAUUCGCACCAAAGUAAAUCUGUCGUCGUCCCAGGCCAUUCAGCGGGAGAAGCCGCCGCAAAUGUCGCAUUAUUAUCUUUGGGGCUCCAAACAGCUGAAUGCCGCCUACUCCACCCAGUAUGGCCAGUAUACUGGCUUUGUUGGCUCGCCCCAUUUCCAUGCAAUGUGCCGCCUGCUCGGCUACCAGGGCAUUGCCGUUGUCAUGGACAUUAUACUCAAGGACAUUGUUAAGCCCUUGAUCCAGGGCUCACUGCUGCAGUUCACCAAGACCCUGAUGAUUGCCAUGCCAAAGUCCUGCAAGCUUCCUCGUUGCGAGUACGGAUCCCCGGGCGUGCUGAGCUAUUAUCAGGCCCAUCUUACGGACAUCGUGCAAUAUCCGGAUGCCAAGACCGAGCUGUUUCAGUCCUUCAGGGAGUUUGGCAACAGCAUAAUUUUUUGCCUGCUGAUCGAACAGGCACUCUCCCAGGAGGAGGUGUGCGAUCUGUUGCACGCGGCUCUCUUUCAAAACAUCUUUCCCAGGCCAUUCUGCAAAGAGAACGAGAAACCGGAGGCCAAGCAAAAGCGACUUGAAGCCCAGUUCGCCAACCUGCAAAUCGUGUCAAAUGUGGAAAAGAUCGGCACUGCUAAGCAAGCCAUGAUCGCACGGGAGGGGGAUUUGCUUACACGCGAACGCCUGUGCUGCGGCUUGAGCAUCUUCGAGGUGAUACUCAAUCGCGUGAAGAGCUAUUUGGAUGAUCCGGUGUGGUGUGGUCCGCCGCCCGCCAAUGGGAUUAUCCAUGUGGACGAGUGCUCAGAGUUCCAUCGAUUGUGGUCCGCCCUGCAGUUUGUCUAUUGCAUUCCAGUGAGAGGAACGGAGUACACCAUUGAGGAGCUCUUCGGCGAGGGCCUCAACUGGGCGGGCUGCGUCAUGAUUGUCCUGCUUGGCCAGCAGCGGCGCUUUGAGGCUCUUGACUUUUGCUACCACAUUCUGCGGGUACAGCGCGUCGAUGGCAAGGAUGAAGACGUCAAGGGCAUUCAACUCAAGCGGAUGGUGGAUCGUAUUCGUCGGUUCCAAGUAUUAAAUUCACAAAUCUUCUCCAUUCUCAACAAGUAUCUGAAGGGUGGUGACGGCGAGGGCUCAAACGUGGAGCAUGUGCGGUGCUUUCCCCCGCCGCAGCAUCCGUCGGUCAUAUCGUCGUCGUCCUCCCACUACCAGGAUCCGCAGAGAUUGCGCCAGAGCAUGAACAAUUGAAUCGAUCGACGGUCGGGAAUAUGCAUUUAAGCGCAAUUAAUCGCAGAUACAAUUUCACGCCACAAGGCGGAACUCAUUGUCGUAAUGUAGGAACCGAUAGAGCCAAGGUCUCGCCCAAAUCUUGACAAUUUGUUUUGGAGUUUCGGGUUUUAUUUAAAUUCGAUUUUAUUGGAAAUGUUUUUUAUUCGUACAGUACGUAAAAUGUAUUAUCCAAGCAAUUAUAUAUAUAUAUAUAGAUAUAGUAUUGAUCCCCAUUGCAUUAUAUUUAGCUAUCCCAAAUACUCUAUAGUAAGAUCGCUAAGACAUUGCGUUUGGCCUCUCUUUAUUUCUUCGCUACAAAAUAGACACGCUCUCGUUUGCGCCCCCGAUUUGAGAAUCAAAUUAGCCAAAGAAUUGACGACAGACAGCACGGCGAAAUAAAAACGAAUUGGCUUUAAAUACAAUCAAAGUAUUACAAAUUAGAUGCAGCAAUUAUAAUGGAAGAUAUUGUAACAACAGCCAACAUUGAGACACAUUUACACAAUUAAUACAAUGAACAUUAUCGAAUAAAAUUUUCAUACGUAUUUCUAACAAACCCAA